CGAUUGUGCUGAUUUCGACAUGCAGGCGGAAAGAGAAGGAAAACGUGAAAAUAUGUAGAUUAUGUGACUUUAAUCUAGUCUUACAGCACGGCCCCUGUUAUGUUUAUUUUUAUUUUGCUGGUAAUCAAAGUUUACUAUUAACGCUCACUACAGAGGCUUGACUGUAGUUACACCUUACACACUGAUCGUCACUGUUUGGGCUGACAUCUUUGGCUCUUACCCCAAGCUUCGAUUCGAUUCACUCAUUCAUUAAGUUAAUUUACCCACGAGCACUCCCAGUCGAGAGAGACCAAACGGCAGCACUAGUAGGCGAUUCCACUAGACGAUAUAGUGGAACUCGGAGGGGCGAGCCCCCGGCGGACUUUCGCUCUCAGCAAUACCGCUCGUAAAGCUGCCUGGUACUAUGUUACUCUGGUCUGGUCUCGUACCGCUGGGGCUGGAAUGGAGCACGGCGAGUGGGCCAGUGGUCGGCAGUCAGCUCCACGCUCUAGACCCCAAUAGUUCGGCGCGGCCUACACGCGGCAAAAGCUCAGCAAGAUCGAUCCGAAUCGAGUCGAAUCGAAUUGAAUCGACUUUUCGAGUGUGUGCGACGAGUGCGAGUGUUAUUUUCGUGGCGGUGCACGACUACAGCUGUUGUCCAAUUCUCGAGCGGCGCUUGGCCUCGAGUUGCAAAUCGCAGCGGGUUUCGAAUUGAACUUACUCCCAAAACGGCAGAAUGACUGGAUCAGUCCACGAUCCGAAAUGGAGCCUGGAGCGCCGCGAGUCCUCUGGCCAUUUGGUGUGGCGCAAGGACUCUCCGGAGUCGAAAGUCCGUUUUCGCUUCGACGUCGAGGUGCUGGAGUUCGAGAGGCAUCCUCAUGAGGAGCUGGAGGACAAGGAGGAUCACUUCUCGAUGACCAAUCUCUCGGCGACAGUGGCCAUGUGCGCAACCUGUGUGGCCGUGGUGGCCGUCUCCGUGUUCCUUCCCUGGUAUUUAAUGGAGAAAGUGGGAUCGCUUUAAAAAAAAAAACGGGCCUCAAGAGCCCAGCUUAUUGUAUAUAGGUACCCGGACGGUAUUAAGUAGACUCUUGUACAUAAACAAGCGUAGUUUUAACUAUUUGUAUAUAGUACGUACGUUGUAUAUAGACCUGUGGUUUUUAUAAGGAUAGAGUUGGAAAAACUCUAGGUGCAAUACGAGUGCGAAAGUGACUGCUAAAGCCAAACUAUGGAAUGUGGAUUGUUUUUUUAGGACGUGUAAAUUCUCAUAAGUUCAGUCCUAUGAAAGAUCGCAAUGAUAGUUAAUGGAAUAAACGAAAUACUUGCCCAUAGAA